AUGGAAGACGAUUUCGACUUUCCGGCAGUUAAACAGAUGAACAAAGAAAUGAUGGAAGACAAUAUACCGUAUGAUGCACCUGUGACAUUGAAGGUUGGAGAAGAAAAGGAGAUCGGUAAUCAAGGCUUGAAGAAGAAACUUCUUAAAGAAGGUGAAGGUUGGGAAACUCCCGACAAUGGCGACGAGGUCGAAGUUCAUUAUACUGGAACUUUGCUUGACGGGACUAAGUUUGAUUCGAGUCGUGAUAGGGGAACUCCGUUUAAGUUCACUCUUGGUCAAGGCCAAGUAAUUAAGGGAUGGGAUCACGGAAUCAAAACGAUGAAAAAGGGUGAGAAUGCUCUUUUCACCAUUCCUGCUGCACUCGCAUAUGGCGAGUCUGGUUCUCCCCCAACUAUCCCUCCAAACGCCACUCUCCAGUUUGAUGUUCAACUGCUUUCCUGGGUCAGUGUCAAGGACAUUUGCAAGGAUGGGGGGAUCUUCAAGAAAAUUGUAAAGAAAGGAGAUAAGUGGGAGAACCCCAAGGACCUUGAUGAAGUUUUAGUGAAUUAUGAGGUUCGACUUGAAGAUGGGACUUUGGUUGCAAAGUCAGAUGGCAUGGAGUUCACUGUCCGAGAUGGCCACUUCUGCCCUGCACUAUCCAAGGUGGUGAAAACAAUGAAGAAAGCGGAAAAGGUCAUCCUUACAGUUAAGCCUCAAUAUGGAUUUGGGGAGAAGGGGAAACAAGCUUCAGGUAGUGAAGGCCAAGUUCCACCAAAUGCUACACUAGAAAUUACAUUAGAGCUUGUAUCGUGGAAGACUGUUUCAAAUAUCACCAAUGACAAAAAGGUUGUAAAGAAAAUUUUGAAGGAAGGAGAGGGAUAUGAACGCCCAAAUGAAGGCGCCAUCGUUCAGGUGAAACUGAUUGGUCGGCUGCAUGACGGUACCAUAUUCAUUAGGAAAGGUUAUGAUGAUACCGAACCUUAUGAGUUCAAGACAGAUGAAGAGCAAGUAAUCGAUGGACUCGAUAGAGCUGUGAUGACAAUGAAGAAAGGGGAAGUAGCUUUUCUGACAAUUAAACCAGAGUAUGCUUUCGGUUCGACAGAAUCUAAGCAAGAAUUAGCAGCGGUCCCUCCUAACGCCACCGUGAACUAUGAAAUUGAGCUCGUCUCUUUUAUUAAGGAGAAAGAGUCAUGGGAUAUGAACACCCAGGAGAAGAUCGAGGCAGCUGGUAAAAAGAAGGAAGAAGGGAACACCUUCUUUAAGGCUGGUAAAUAUCUGAAAGCUGCAAAACGCUACGAAAAGGCUGCCAAGUUGAUCGAAUACGAUACUUCCUUUGGAGAGGAGGAAAAGAAGCAAGCAAAAGCGUUGAAGGUGUCGUGUAACCUCAACAAUGCAGCCUGUAAGCUGAAGCUGAAGGAUUAUAAACAGGCCGAGAAGCUUUGCACCAAGGUGUUGGAGAUGGAGAGCAGGAAUUUGAAGGCCCUGUACAGGAGAGCUCAAGCAUACAUCAAUGUAGCAGAUCUGGAUCUAGCAGAACUUGAUAUCAAAAAAGCACUUGAAAUAGACCCUGAUAAUAGGGAUGUGAAGGUGGAGUACAAAAUGUUGAAGGAGAAGAUGAAGGAAUACAACAAGAAGGAUGCUAAAUUCUAUGGACAUAUGUUUGCAAAGCUAAUCAAUUCUAAACAGCAGCAGCAGCAGCAGCAGCAGCAGCAGGAGAUGCAAUCAAUGAGCAUAGACAGCAAGGCAUAAAAUCAUCCUUUGCUUAUCUCGAUCUUUUUUAAGUUGGCUUCCCCACUAGCAAUAGUAUGUAGAUGAAUUGGAAGUUGGAUCCUUCAAGUUACAAAAUAAAUAGUUUUGCCCAUCGAGCUGUUUUGUUGGUUUUCUAUUUAGUUCUAUAUGGAUAAAGGAUUUGGUUGGGUUUCUAUUCAGUUCUAAAUGGAUAAUUCAAUCUAAAUCUUUUUGUAUAGAUUGAGAAGAUAUUGUUUGGGAGAGUUUUUCAUAGAUUGAAAGAGUGUUUUUUAAUUGGUCGGAACAAAUUUGGAAAAAAGGUGGCUUUUGCAUAAAACUAUCCCGUAAAAGCUUAUAGGAUAAGUUAACUUUUUAUAUAUUAAGUCAUUACUAAAC